GAUCCGUAAAGACAGCUAAUAUUUUGUCAAAUUUGAGUGCUCAGCUGCAUAAUGCUUGAAGGGCUUGCAACAUGGGUUCUCAACAAUUACUUAGGAAAGUACUUGGAGAAUUUAAAUACAGAUCAACUCUCCAUUGGUCUUCUCAAAGGAGAAGUAGAGUUAGAAAAUGUCCCAUUACGAAAAGAUGCUCUUCGUCAUCUCGACAUGCCUGUCGAGGUGAAGGCUGGAUUUGUGGGGAAGGUUAGACUCCAGAUUCCAGUCUCAAGACUGAGAUCAGAGCCUUGGGUGAUUAUGUUUGAACAAUUGUAUCUUGUAGCAGGGCCUGUCAAGCUUGAUGAGUUUGAUGAAGAUGCAGAGGAAGCUGCAACGCAAGGAAGAAAAAUAGCUCAGUUAGAUGGUUUGGAAGCUGCGUGGAGGGCUGAUCAAGAAGCCUUAGGUGAAGCAUCGCAUUAUGCAAGUUCAUAUUUUUCAUGGCUAAGCUAUGGCACAUCGUUCAUGACCAACAUUAUUGAGAAUAUUCAGUUGAAAAUCCGGGAUGUACAUCUGAGGUAUGAGGACAACCAAAGUAUUAUGGGGCAAACAUUUGCAUUUGGUUUAACAGUAGACUCCCUAGCUCUUCAAAGCUCAGACGACCACUGGAUUCCAAGGUUUGUUUAUGGUGGAAAUUGCAAAAUGGCCUACAAAUUAUUGGAGCUCAACAACAUGGGAGUGUAUUGGGAUACUAACACUGAAAUGUAUAGCAGCAAGUCACUUGCAGAUUUAGCAGCUCAUAUGUUACAAGCCAUCGAGAAAAAAGACCAUGAGUAUAUAUUAGCACCUGUAAGUGCGACUGCUUGUGUUAAGCGUAAUUUAAGUGAAGCUCCAUUACGUUCUCGUUCAUCGCCCCGCAUAACAUGUGAUUUAAAGCUUGAUACCUUUCCUCUAAGCUUAAGUGAUUCACAAUAUAGACAAGUUUUAAAGUGGAACAAGGAGUAUGACCGUUUAGAUAAAGUUCGUCAUUAUAGGAAAUGGAGACCUAAUUGUUCUGUGAAAGACAGUACGUAUGAUUGGUGGCAGUAUGCUAUACAAAGCCAUCUGGACAGAAUUCACAGAAGGUAUGUUGGGCGAAAUUGGGUCUUUGCUCAGCAAAGAGCUGUAGAUAUUGUCAAAUAUGUGAAUAUUUAUUGUGAACAUCUUAGGAAUCCAGCUUUGGUAACAACAGAAUCCAAGACUCAUAAGAUGAAAGUGGAACAGGUAUUGAACUUUAAUGAGUUGAGGUACUUGCGUGAAUUAGCCAUGGAGAGAGUUUCUAAAGAGCUGUUUGCUUCAAAGAAAGAGAAACAAGAAGUUCAGUCAGCAAAUACCCCAGAAGAGCUAGCAUCCCCAACACAGAGUGGGGAAGGCAUUCUUCAGCGAUGGUUCCCAACAUGGGGAGGCUGGUAUUCAUCAGGUAUAACACCCACAACUCCCCCCGAAGGUGAAACAGUUUUUAAACAACCAUUACAAUCACCUGGACCAAGUUAUGAGGAACCUGAGACAAACUCUGAGCCAGAGAAACAAGCCCCGGGCUCAUUAGAAGAGGAGAUACUGUAUGUGUUGUCAGAUAGCAUGGAAAACAAUACAUUCAUGAAAAGAGAUGCUGUGUUUUGCCAGUUGAGCUUUUCAUUGAAACGAGGAUCAUUUUCAUUAACAUCUAGUAAGAUGCCAUCCCCUGGUGGAAGCCCAGAAGAAAAAGAUAAACGUGUUGAACUGUUUGAACUGGAGUUUGCCAAUGUGAAAAUGGCCCUGGAGUCACGCCCUAGGAAUAAAUCAUACAAGUUUGACAUCGAACUAGGAUCCUUGAACUUACACGAUAAGGUUACUCAGGAUUCAGCAUUUCCACUGUUAGUAUCUCCACAAAAUAGCGAGACAUCAGGGUCAGGAUUGAAAGCUGCCAUGUCCAGAACCUCUACUAUGUAUGCAAGAUUGACAACAAUGAUAUCUCCUUCCCAACCAAAAGUAGAAGGACCUCUUUUUGCUUUGACAUAUGAGUGCCAUCCAUUCACUUCCAAAGCAGACCACAAACUAGUUGUGAAUUCAUCGGCAUUGGACAUAGUGUAUAAUCCUUCAGCACUUGAGGCUAUUAGUAAUUUCUUCACCACUCCAUAUCAAAAAAGAGAAGGCACUGGUAGUUCUUCACAGAUGACAGCUCUAACUUCAGCUGCAAAGAAAAGGUAUGAGGAAUUGAAAGAACAGACAAAACAAGAGCUCAUGAGGAAUUUUGAGCAUAUAAUGGAGGGUGACCUAGUGAUGAGGAAGCGAUGGGACAUCAAACUAGAUAUUUCAGCACCGCAGAUAAUAAUUCCUGAACACUUCCGUGAUAGGAAUGCUACUCUAGUGGUUCUUGACUUUGGAAAACUUAUUUUCUCCUCUGCUCGUCCGUUGGCUUUGACAAAGCUUAAAGAUGAGUUAGAUGCUGGGAGUGAUGAUGAAGAUGAAUUCGCAACUCCUUGUUCCACACCUGAUGAACUUGACACACUAUCCAUAGAUGGAAUGAAUGAUGCUGAUAGGAAGUCGUCACAACCCGAUCUACAAGCCCAGUUCUCAGAAGCCUCUCUACAUGAUAGGAUCUAUGACAAGUAUGACCUUCGAUUAUGUGAUAUGCAGGUACUAGUUGGAAAGGUCCGUGACAACUGGAGGUUUGCUUAUCUCAAAGGCACAGGUCAUCUGCAUGUUUUGGAUAGAUUUAGCAUCAAUUUACAGUUAGAACGCCGUGUAUUUAUGAUGCCUGAUGCUCAACAACAGUGGCCAAGUGCCACAAUUGCCGGAACUUUGCCAAAGUUAGUCGUCCAUGUCAACGAACAAAAGAUUCAGGCUCUGCGCACAAUGUGGUCACAGUUUUACAGGGAACCUCCUCCAAAGCCCUACACGCGAAUGGAUUCAGCAGAUUCUGCAGAUAGCAGUAGCACUGCAACACAGCCCAGCACAGUGUUGGCCACUGAUGAUCCAAUUUCGGAGGAUUCAGACAAAGGCAGUAUUUCUCCUACAGAUGAAGGGAAAUUGCUUGUUGUUCAGUUUACAGUUGACAAGCUGUCACUUGAGCUUCAGGCACGUGGUAGGUCUAUUGCUGAACUUCAGGUAACAGGAGUGCGUGCAAAUCUAAGCAAGAAACCAUUUGACACCACAGCCACUCUUAGCGUUCACUCACUGCUAUUAGUGGAUGCUCUGCAGACUUUUGGGCCAGAUUUUGAGCUUCUUGUUGCCAGUCACAAACAUGUAAGCAUGGAUAGUGUAAGUGGAAGUUUGCUGGAUAGUGAACCUUGUUCUCCUGUCUCACCAGCAUCCCCAGAUCAUAAUGCACCUUUCAAACCUGCAUCUCCUCUCAUCCUUAGCCAUGCAAUCUCUUCUUAUGCUGCUGCUAGAGCUCAGUCACCUCCCCAGUCAUCUCGAAGUUUGCCAUCGCCUCCACUUUUGUCAUCACCUUUUAAUGGGCUAGGAGGGCCACUGCCUCCCACUGAUGUUCGAGACAUGAGAGACUCUGAAGCUCUCAUAUCCUUAGAAAUCACCUACGUGUCCUCCCACUGUCCAUCUCAACAAGGCACUGGAGCUUUACUUUUAGCAUCUGUACAAUUCAACACAUUGGACAUAAUAGCAAAUCAAGAGACAGUAGUUGAACUUGUAGGAUUUAUCCAUCAACUUUUUCCUCAUCAACCUUCCGUGUCUACCCCUCGCAUUCCUCCUCAUUUAAUCUCUUCUACUGCCGAAGCAACAGCUGCCAGUGCAACCAUAUCACCAGAGAAGGAGAAUUUUGGAACUCUUUCCCAUGCCCCAAGUCUCGUUUAUGUUACACCUGAAAAAAGUCCUGUUCGAGCAGAGGUUGGCUUUGAUUUCCACAAGUUGACAGUAUUGUUGCUUCGUGGUGUAUAUAAAGACAAAGAUUUGGUUGGAAGAAAAGUUGGUACCGCUGUAAUGUCAGAUGCGAAGAUUCAGGCAACAGUUGAGCGUGACAUUUUAACAGUUGAAGGCUCUUUGGGGGGAUUCCAAGUUCGGGAUGUUACACCAGAAGGGAAUAAGCAUCAGUGUAUUAUCAGUGUUGGGCAAGACCCCAUUGUUGAAAGAUCUCAGGAUCUUUUUUCAAGGCUAAACACUGAUCUGUAUCGGUCACAGUCCACCUCAGAUAGUGCAGCAAGAGCUUUUAGCUUCACCAUCAUCCGGCCUCUUGCAUUUUCAAGUUCUGACCCACAAGGUUAUGGUUUUUUUGAAGAUCUUCAAACCCCAGAUGAUGAAAACCUUACUGUAAAAUUACGGCUCGCCUCUGUGUGUUAUACUCAUUCUCCUCACUUCCUCUUGGAGCUGAAAUCCUGUGCAACUGAGUUCAAGCAGUAUAUGACUCGUGUUGCAUCAUCAAUCAAACAUGCUGCCACAGAAAUGGCCAUGGGCCUUGUCAGCAAGAGGAUUGAAUCUUUUGUGAGCCUGACAAGUAAUUCUUGGGAGGCUUCUCCAAGGCAUCGAAGGCGAAUGAGUGUUUCAAAGUCAACUGAUACCCUUAACCUCCCAGCUCCUCCUCCUGCAUCUGCAUCAGGUUCAAGAUUCAGUCCAGCUCAUGAAGAGAGCACGGACUUGCCUUUUUCAUUAAACCUUGAUAUAAUACUUGAAACUCCUGUAGUGGUUUUACCCGAGUCUCAAAACAGUCCUGAUGUAUUAGUAGCACAUCUUGGCCAGAUAUCAAUUGCCAAUGGAAUCCCUACUCAGAAAUCCACCCCUGAAGCAUUGUCAUCUUUUCCUCCAAGCAAGGUUGCUGAAUAUCUUAUUGCAGUAAGAGAUAUGAGCCUAUUCUCCUUGAAUGUGGAAGAGAGAUUGAAGAGUAAAGAUAGCAGCUUCCAGUGGUUUCACGAACAAAUGUUGAUCAUUGCUCCUCUGUCAACAACUAUAAUGUGCGCAGAAGAACUCUACAGUUGCAAAGACCAUGGGAGACCAAUCCUUCAUAGUACAACAAUUAAGCUACAUUUGAAGCAUGACCAAGCAGCUUUCCUUUUGGCGGAUCAUGAAUCUGGGCUUUUUUUUCCCAGUGAUAUAUUUGUUGAUCUUCAUCCUGCUGCAUCACGGGAUUCUCUGCAGAUUGAUGGCGGAAUUGUGACUCCAUUGAAGAUAAGUCUUUCACGGCCUCAGUAUAGGCAAGUUUUGAAGACAUUGUCUAACUUAUCUGUUGCCCCAGUAGGACAGACACAAGACUCUCAAGCACUGAGUUCUGUUAGUGAGGAAGUUUCUGACACUGCCACAAAAGAGGAGAUUCAACAGCGUCGGGAGAGCAUGAAGGCAGCAAUGGAUAGAGAAAGCAGUUCUAUUGCUGUAAAAGGUUCAUUUUCAGUUCCAAGCAUGUGUAUAGAAUUACGAGGAGAUGUUGGUGAGAAGGAAAAGCCAUUAGUUAAUUUACUACUAGAAGAGCUUAAUGCAACCUAUGAGUCAUGUGAAACAUAUAAGACUAACACACAGGUAACACUUCGUUCUUUAAUGAUGGAAGACCUGCAAGUAGAUGUUGACUCUCAGCACAGAUUCCUCAUGAGGUCUGACAUAAUUCCGCAAGCUGGUUCUUCAGAUGCCCACUCUCAUGGAAGAGGUCACCAUCACUCCCAUAUUAGUUUUCUUCAUGACCAUCACAUUCCAGAAUUUAUUUCCACAUCUUGCCCAGAAUUUAUACCACAUUUCCCACUCCAGUAUUUGUCUUCUUCCCUUCCUGACAAGUUAAAAAUGGAAAAACCAUAUUUUAAAGCUCUUCAGAAACCAAUUAUUCCUCCAAGGAAACAUGCAAGAGGUCUGUCAACUCAGAGCACGCUUACCACCAGUAUCAGUGGAGGUCCUUGUAACAAGAGUCCAGCAACACCUCCUCCAUCACCUACUCCUGGAGGAGAAGAACGCAUUAGCCAUAAAACAGACACCACUCUUGUAAACAUAACCCUGACAACAAUUGAUAAAAAGUGCCCAGAGUUUCAUUCAAAAUAUGAUGGGACCAAUCGUUUCAUUGAUGUGGACUUCAACAGCCUCGUAACAGUUAUUAAUAUUUCUUCGUGGGUUAUGGUAUUGGACUUCUUUAGCACUGAACAAGAAGACUCUUUAUUAAACAGAGAAUUUGGUGACAUUACUCCUGGCACAUCACAGAUGUUCACUUCCAAAGGCACUGAAGAAAUUAACACUAUAAUGGAGGUACAAGUGCGAUCAUUGACUCUCAUUCUGAAUAAGCCGGAAAGUGAACUAGCUCGAGCUAGCAUAUCACAGGUACUUGUACGUUCUGUAGGAUCAGAAGGCAACUUAACCCUUUCUGGACGUCUAGGUUCGCUCUCCUUAAUUGACUGCACAAGCCAUGGUCAUCUGUACCGUGAGAAAUUUGUUACAGCUGGAUCAGAAGCCAUGACAUUCCAAGUGUUCAGGUAUGGCCAUGACGAUCCAGAAAUGCAGCGAGAAUGUGAUAUUAGAGUGAAAUUAAAGAUGUCGUCAGUGAUGUAUGUACAUACCCAACGUUUUGCUAUGGAGCUGACUCAGUUUAUUCAGCAGUUCAACCAGCUAAGAGAUAUAGUUUCCCGCUGGAGAGAGACAAGUGCAGGUCGUAAGCUGUCGGAAUAUAGGAGAGGAUCACGUGUGUCAUUAGACAUAAGUGCUGGUUCUCCUGUAAUUUUUCUACCCAUGUCAAGUCGCUCAGAAACCUUGUUGGUUGCUGACCUAGGAAGUUUGACUAUCACAAAUAAAUUCCUGUGGGCUGCUUCUGAAGGAACAAUAAGUCAGGUACAGCGUCAGAACUUAGAGGAAAGGUUAAUGUGCCCUUCCAGUCAUAGAGGAGCUUCAGGAAAUAGAUCACAUUCCAGAUCAAUUGAUUCUCGAUCAAGAUCACGGAGCCGGCAUCGGGAUGUAAACCUUUCUUAUUUUAGUGAUUCAGAUAUGGAAUGUGAUUUCAAACGGCAGACAAGCUCUGAUGCAUACCAGUCGCAUAAAUGUUUGUUAGAUGUGAUGUAUAUAGAUUUAGUAAAUAUGGAUUUAUAUACAAGUACUAGGUCUGGGAGAAAAAAGACAAAAAAUGUUAAAACUGAAAUGAAACGAAAAGUGACAAAUAUUAGUGAGACUGUAACUUAUGAACUGCCAAAGAAUUUAAGUGAGAAAAAUUGUGGUAGUGAAAAUAAAGGAACUCCUGAGUGGCUUUUUAGUGCAUAUUGUGUUGUACGCCAAGGGAAAUCACUCUUGCGUGACAAGUGUGCCCUCAAGUUGCAGGUGGAAAGAAAUUUGGAUACUGAAGUCAGUCAUUCAGUCCCAGAUAUUAGCAUCCAUGGCACUGUGAGCAAGGUUCAUGCCACAAUAAGUACCGCUGAUUACAAGCUUGUAAGAGGUCUUCUUUUAUUUAAUCUUGGAGAACCAUUGCCACCACCACCUCCACCAGUCUGCCUGUAUCAGCCACAGGCACAACAGUCUUGGCACUUGAGAGGAUCAGUAUGGACAUCCUUGAAUAUCAUACUCAAUUUAGACAAUGUAACAUUAGAACUUGAGAACUUGGAUGAACUAAGUAUAAAUGAAACCAAAGAUUGUACUCCCCUUGCAUGUGUCAAUUUCAUCAAGUCAAGACUCACAUUUGAAAGCUUCUCUGAUGACUCCAAAGAUGUAGACCUGGUGUCGCAAGAAAUUCUGCUCAGUGAUACUAGAUUUGAAGCCUUUCCAGUUAAUAAGCGUUCCAAUAUUUUUACCAACAUUCUGCAACCCACACCAAGUAAAAGUGCCAAAAAUAACAGCCAACUACAGGCAGAAGUUCAUUACAGGUCCACAAAAGAUGUAACCAGGUUCACUAUCUUAUUAAACAAUAUGCGUCUUAUGGGAAUUUUAGACUGGUGGAUGGAAGUGCUUGACUUCAUAUACAAGAGGCCAGAUAACCCAAUGCCUGCAGGUAAAGAAGCAGAGUUAAGUGGCUCAGGAACGCCAGUUCAGGAAGGAUUGUGUGCUAGUCCAUUUAUGUUCAGUCCAGUUCAUACACCCAUUUUGAAAUCACCUCAGCAUCAGUCUCCAGUUACCCAGUCUCCUAGGUCACAAUCACCCUUAGGAUUCACUAGAGAGAGGCUGGUUCGGGCCAACACUCCAAGGUUGAAUCCAAUGGUAGAGUCUACUGGUGUGAUGACAAAGCAUGAUCUCAUUCAAGAACCAAACAAGAUACCCUUUGAGUUGAAGCUUAAUAUUACAGAUUCAGAACUUGUGGUAGUUGAAAACACUGCUAUUUGGGAUACAAGUGCUGUCAUUCUAAAGAGUACUGCUGUUAUUAGCUACAGACCACAACAUCAAGAACGCCCUCUUUCGUGUAACCUAAAUCAGUGUGAGCUCUACUCGUGUAUCCUGGGCUUGGAAGAUGAUACUGCACUUUCAAUUAUUGAUCCUGUCACUGUUAAUUUAGAAGUGAAUGACAAAAUGGGUCAGAAUCAGCCUGUUGACAUCUCCAAUGUUUCUAUGCCAGUUCAGCACACAGUUGAGGUGGUUUUGCAUCAGCUAAACAUCCGCCUAAGUUACCAUGAUAUGAAAAUGUUCCAACAAAUAUUUGAGUCAGUACCCAAACAAAGGGAAAGUAGUAAGAAAUCAUCUCCCACUGAGAAAUCACAGCCAGCUAAUUUUCAAGCCCAGGUGGAAAAAUUAUCUGCCCUCGGAUUUCAUCCUACCGAUUGUACUCGUGCUCUAGAUGAAUGUGGAGGAAGACUUGAUGAUGCAGCUCUGUGGCUUACUCACAAUGCUCAACCAGUUCCAGCCCCUACUGUAAAGUUGCAGGAUCAAGGGGCAGCUGGUGCCAUCAACUUCCAUGCAAUAGAAAUCAAAACUGGCAGCGUCAACAUCUGUGUUAUUGAUGAUUGUGGAGAUUGUGAUGUGCCUUUGUUAGAAGUUUCUCUUUCCCAUUUAGGCUUGAAGCAAGAUUAUCAAGGAAAAGGGUCUUCUGGGUGCACACUCUCAGUUGACUAUUACAAUCGUGCCUUGUCUGGUUGGGAACCUUUUUUAGAGCCUUGGGUGUGCCGAACUGAAUGGGACAAGAGCCCUUCACGUGACCUUAGUGGCGAACGUUUAAGGCUCUCUGUACAAACAGAUGACACAGUUAAUGUGAACAUUACAAGUACUUUGCUUGAGUUGUAUCAUUUAGUAAAAAGCAAUUGGACAACAGAUUAUUAUUACAGAGACAGGCUUGAAGGAGAGAACAGCAUGAUAUCUGGAGAAGAAGGGUUGAAAGCCAUGGUUGGUAGUCCUCAGGGAUAUCGUAGACGUUCACCAUUUAUACCCUUUGCUCUGAAGAAUGACACUGGAUGUGAUCUUUCUUUUGCAACUUUAACUACAACCCCUGACAGUAUGGCAGAUAUGGAGAACCUGACACUGAAUAAGAUGCCCGAACUGGAGUGGACUUCAGUUCCUGCUGGCAAUACAGUUCCUUUCUCUUUUGAGGGACGUGGAAAGCAGAGACAUCGUGAUACUCAUGAGUUGAAAGUUCAUCAAUUACUAGUGCAAGUAGAGGGCUGGAAACCAGUUGGACCUGUUACAGUAGACAAAGUUGGGGUAUUCUUUCGUUUAGCAUCUUCACAGUCAUCAUCAGCAUCAUCCAUUGGCUAUGAACUGCCUAGUGCUAGAGUAGUCAUGGCAGUAACACUAGAUGGAUCUGCAAGGAAGCUUGUGACAGUGAGAUCAGCCUUAUUAUUGACUAAUCAUUUGCAGUGCCCAGUGGAUAUCAAACUGGAGAAUGUGGCACUUCGUCUUGGAGCAACAACUCAGCUUAUCAGAAGACUGGCUCCUGCCUCUACUUAUCCUGUGCCUCUCAAGUUCGUUGAAUUAGACAUUAAUGUUCGACCUGUACUUAGCCGCAGUAAGAGUGUUUUUAGCUUCUCUAACAAACCAGUGUUUAGUACUUCAUCUCUGAAAUUGGGAUGUUUGGAGGGUGGAUCGCGACAGUGCCAUGCACUCAACAGCAAUAAGGAGUAUCCCUUUAGAUUUUGUGUACAUGUAAGAAGAGACAAUUUUCCUAUUGAUUCUUCAUAUCCAUCACCUACUUCCUCACCAGUACUUCCUGCACGCCACAAUGAAUGGGUACAGCCUGGCCACUCUAUUGUCCUUGUAAGCCCCUUAACUUUGUUAAACUUGUUGCCAUACGACCUUCACUAUGAAGUCAAAACAACAGGGAACUUAGGCCGCAUAAAGCCAGGGGAAGAUUCUUCUCUGCAUUCUGUUGAUCCUGCCCAGAGUGUAUCAUUCUCUUUUUGGACAGAUGCUUUUACUUCCUGUGGUGAAAUCACCCUUAAUCCUACAACUUCACCAUAUGUCCUUCCCUUGAAGCUACAGGAUUCCAAGAAACGAAUCUUGUAUGUUCAUCUCAGAGUGCGACCUCAAUAUGGCGGUGCACUGAAGGUGAUUGUAUAUGCAGGUUAUUGGUUAAUUAAUAAGACGGGUCUUCCACUGAUCUUUAAGCAAGAAGGGGUAACAGCGGAUGCAUCAGGUCAAGACAAAGAACAUGAAGUAGCUCGCUGUGCUGCCCCUCUCCUGUUUUCCUUUACUGAUCGUGAUGCCAGCCCCAUGCUUGUAGCAAGAGUGGGUAACAACCUACACCCAGAAUCUCGUGCUCAGUUUUGCCACAAGUUGCCUUUGACUCAGGGAACAUGGGUACGCCGUUUACGUGUGAGUCCGUUUGAUUCACGACCUGACUAUGUAUAUGUUGUGGGUGUUGAUGUUAGGCCUGGUCGUGGGCGUUACAGAGAUACCUACAUGGUUACCUUCUCACCUAGGUUCCAGAUUGAGAAUAGAUCAUCACAUGAACUCAUCAUAGCUCAGAAAUGUUUUGCAACCUCCUUUAAGGACCCAGGAGCACAGUCAACUUGGCUGCGUGCUAUUCCAGGAUGCUGGCUUCCGUUUCACUGGCCUCGUAUCGAUAAGGAUCAGCUACUCUGUAUAUGCCUUCGUGAUGUUCCAGGAUGCAAUUGGUCAGGAGGCUUUCUCAUUGAAAAAAUUGAUUCAUUUUAUCUUAACAUAAGAGACAACAAUGGUCAUUGUUUCUUUAUGAGAGUGGAGAUUAUAAUCAACGAUGCCACAUACUUCAUAGUCUUCACUGAUGCUGAAAGCCUUCCACCGCCAUUCAGAAUUGAUAAUUUUUCUGAAGUUCCUAUCACAUAUUAUCAGACUGGUACUCAGGAGGAACGCUUGAGAACAAGUGUGAAGCCUCGCUCAUGUGUUUCGUAUGCUUGGGAUGAUGUUAUGCUGCCUCCUCAUUUGACUUGUGUUGCACCAGGAGGAACGUCUGCUACUUAUAAUUUGAAUGUUUUGGGAGAAGGAGCCAGGCUUACCUAUGAAAAUUUCAUCUAUAUUGCCCUCACUGGAACUUUUACCAAACCUUGUGGCAGUAGUAAUGGAAGUGACUCAGAGGAUGUGACAUAUGACCCAACUGCUGUUGAAUGUCAGCAACUGGUUUUAGAUGUUCCGGAAGGUACAAGAGUGAAACUUGCUCGUAAGGAAAUUGGCCGUAGGUCUCAGCUCUGGCGUAUGACUUCAACUGGAAUGUUGCAGCAUGAAGGCUCAUCUCCUCCUCAUGAUCCUGCAAGCAAGAAGGCCAGAAAAGCAUCAAAUAUCCUGGUGUUGGAUAUUGCUGGACCAGCUCCUCAGCCUACAGAGUAUACUCCAUUGAUGCUCAGGAAGCCAGAUGAAAGGAGACGUUUAACCCAGACAUGGAGAUUUACUGAGGAUGGUCGCUUAUGCUGUAUUCAUGUUAAUAUGUUUGUUCAAGCCAAAGAUGGCUUUCUGGGACUAUCGCCAGGCACGUGUGGUGGUUCAUGGCAAUUGUGGAAUGAUGUAGUGCUGGGGCCCCCACAACUUGUACAAUAUGGGACAAUGCCUAAUGGGGUGCCAUUAGAACAAGCCAUUUGCAGGCAGCGGUUACGGCCUGGAUCAGGAGUCCUAGAAGUCAAAGUAGACACUGAUGGACCAACAAGAGUCUUGCAAAUAACUGAUUUACAUGCCAAGAACACAAACUUGGUGGCAAGAACAGAAAGUGGGGAUUGGGUCAGCAUAACUGAGGAAGGAGGGACUACUACAAUCAAAAAGACAAGUGCUGGAACUCAACAAACCAAAGACCCAACUUCACUUCAAGAAAUUCAGAUCCAGUUGAAAAUUAAAGGUGGUAUUGGAAUUUCUGUGAUCCAAAGAAGCCCUCCUGAAGAGCUCAUUUAUGUCAAGUUAAUGGACAUUGUCUUUGAGUACCAGAGUUCUCUCUUGAGUAGAACUGUAGACUUCACAAUCAGAGAUUUACAGGUUGAUAACCAGUUGUUAACUGCACAGUGUCCAGUUGUGUUGUACAUAACUCCACAAAGCAAAACAGAUGAUACUCGUCAUCUUCCAGCAGUUUACUUUUUUGCUCAUCAACUUAAAUCCUCAUGUACAAAUGCAUAUAUUUUUAAGAAUUUGAUGGUAACUCUGAAGAACCUAACACUUACUAUAGAGGAAGCUCUUCUCUUCAAAAUAUUUCUUAUGGCGGGGUAUGAUCAGUCUGAUUCUGAACUUGAAAAAGUGGAGGAACACCAAUAUGACAUGCGCCGCAUGCUUGCAGCAGCAACUUCAGUCAAUGCAACAAGGUAUUACUUUACCAAUUUGGAAUUAAAGCUUAACCAAGUACGAUUGAGUGUUCUUACAUCGAAGAAGCUUAGUCCAGACUUGAAGAAUAUCAAGAGGAAAAUGGGUCUUACUUUGGUACGUUUUGAACAUGCCAGCGUUAAUUUAGAACCCUUCAUUCGUUGUCAUCCCUUUGAGACUUCAAGAUUCUUGUUUGACUGCAUUACCAAGCACUACAAGGAGGAGCUUCAGUCACAGGCAAUGGUCAUCCUAGGUUCAACCGACUUCUUAGGUAAUCCGUUUGGUUUCCUUGCUGAUGUAAGCGAGGGUGUGAGUGAACUGGUUCAUGAAGGCUCAGUUGGUGGCCUUGUGUGGAACGUUACGCAUGGCAUGGCCAAUUCUGCCGCCAAGGUGACGGGGUCUCUUUCCGAUGUUGUUGGACGUGUUACAAUGGAUGAUAGGCAUGAAGAGCAUCGCCAAAGAAUACGUACACACUUGACUUCAAGUAGUGCUGAUCAUAUGGUUGCUGGCCUCCGAGGGUUUGGUUUUGGACUGUACGGUGGAUUAACUAGUAUCAUCUCACAGACUUACAAAGGAGCUUCAGAGGAAGGCAUACCUGGUUUCAUAUCUGGAUUUGCAAAGGGAAUGGUGGGAACUGUAACCAAACCAGCAAUUGGAUUUUUGGAUCUAGCAAGUAGCACUUCACUUGCUGUCCGGGACACCAGUAAAAACCCUGCACAAAAAAUGCCUUCAAGAACUCGUAAACCAAGGCUAGUCAUAGGACUUAAUGGGAUGAUGCCUAGAUAUUCAGCAAGCCAAGCAGCUGGCCAAGAACUCUUGCUGUCCUUCAAUCAAGGGGGAAAUGAAAUAUUUCUUGGUUAUGAUGUCCUUCGUGAGGGUGAAGAAAAUCUAAAAGUCCUGAUAUCAAGUGAUCAAGUAAGAGUUUUUAGUCAAAGUGAACCAGCUCUUCCUCCAGUGCCUGUAUUAACAGUUUACUACAGAGAUCUUUACCAGUGUCGAGCACUUGUACUAGAAGUUGAAGGUUCACUCGAUCGUAAGCAUUACAUUGAACUAACAUUGAAGGGAGAAAGAUCAGAAAUUCAGGGCAUGGCAAGAUCCUCGGAACUAGCUUACAAAAGGCCAAAAGUACGGUGUGAUACACAAGAAAUAGCAUGGCGGGUUGCACAGCAGAUCAACUAUGCUCGAAAUCUGCAUGAAGAGCUGCGCCAAACACUCCUGAGUGAAGAAGAGGAGACUGUUGAUGACUGAAGUCCUUGUUUGUUACCUCAUCAUUCAAAGAGAGGGAUACAAGUUAUACUGUGAUGUCCUAAGGUUCUAUUUUCAUGAUUUAAAAUAUGCAAGAAGGUUUUUGAUUUAUAGUAUUAAUAUAACUAUUUUGUAAAAAGAAAUCUUGUAUUGUUUAUUGCAUUGGCUAUUGCCCAAUUCUUCUUUGUAUAUAUCAGAUUGUUUUAUAUUAGGAAGUAAUAUGCAUUUGUUGUGCUUAUAUAGUCAUCUCAUCAGUUAUUAAUUUACAUUCACAUAGUUGACAUAGCUCAUCCUUUUCCUGUUUUUGCUAAGUGAAUGACAUUGGAAAAAGUUGUAUGUUGAUAUUGAACAUAUCAUAAUGUAAUAUUUUUAAUUUUUGGCAUAUUAUUUUAGUUGUAGUUGUUAAUUGUGAUGAGGAUUAUGUGUGUCUGCUGCUAACUGUUAUAGAAAAAAUAUUUUUCUAAGAGUAUUUGAGCUGAGGAUUGUUGACUUGUAAAUAUUGUAUUUGAAAACCAUUUUAUAUUUACCUGUAGCUCUUACUUUCAUAUAUUGAUAACAUGGCCUCGGUUACAGUCCCAUGUUCUUUAUAUGUCACCUUCUUUUCAUUUGUUUUGUUCAGGGUUUGUUAAAAUAUGGAACUGUUUGUGGGGCACCAUGAUUAUUUAAUAUUUCAGUCUCAUUUAUUCUUUGAGUUUCUGGUAUACUAGAUUUUCCUCACAUCUUUUCCAUAUCUUGGAUCAUAAAUUAAUCUGGAUUUUGCUUCAAAUACUUCUGUCUAAUUCUUCAUUUGUUCUAGCUACUCAUUGCCUUUAUAUACUCGUAUUGCUUAUUCAUGAUAUUUACAUGUAUUUAUACAAAUACAUACAUGUAUUCCAUGAUACAGGAAAGAGGAAGAUAUUUUAAGUAUGUGAAAUGAAACACACCAAAGAAUGCAAAGUAUGACAGGUAUUUAUACAGAAGCAACAGAUUCAUUUACUUUAACUCUAUGGGAAUUGUAAAUUAAAGCCUGAGAAACUGUAGAAUGACAAGUUCCCAAUUUUCAGAUUGACAUGACCUGUAGACUCUGUGACCGUGUAUUAUGUAGUUAGACUUGAAUGAAUUACAGUGAUCAGAAUUUGUGGGUAACUAGGGUAGGAAAAGAUGGCGUUUUUUUUUUUUAUAGUAUUCUGUAUUAUAGUACAUGAGCACCUGGGAGUGUUUGUGGAAAGUAAAAUUAUGCCAUGUUUUUCCUUAUAUAAUUUUGAUUGAUUGUUUUGAAGAGGUCAGUUUGUAUGUAGGAAAGAAUUGUUCAAAAUUGAUCAUCUCACCUUAUAUGAUUACCAUACAAGGUAGGGGACAGUGAAGGAUUUUAGGCUUGCCAGUUUUGGUAAAGCAGGAGGCAACAAAACAUAACAAAAUGGAUUUUGAGAUAGUGUUGGAAAUGCAGUAUUAAUGAUUGUGGAAGAAAAUUAAAAGCUAAAAGUUUUAUCACAGUAAUAUGAAUUCCAUUUGGAGGGAAAAUAGAAAAUGAUGUACAUAUUACAUAAGAGUUUUAUAUUCAUUUUUCUGAAUUUAUUUUUAUUCUUGAAGUAGGCUAACUUAUUCCCAUAGGAAACAUUUGCCUUUUACAUUAAUACAGUAUUUACAAUCUCUUAGGCUUUGAUUUUUUGUUUCUUUGACAAUAUUUUUCUGGAAGAUGUAAUGGAAGUUGAUACUUAGCAUAUUCAAAAGAAUUUAGGGAAAGUCUUGAGUACUGAAUUUACAAGAGUGAAGGGAAUGAUGUGUGAUCAUAGACUACUUCUAAAUUAUAUUUUACGUGUGUAAAACAGAUAUUCCAUUCUCAUUUUAAUUACCAUCUGGCAAGGAAUGAAUUUUCUGAAUGUCUAUUGAAAAAUGGGGAUAAAGAAGGCAGAAAUAUUUGUGGAAAAAUAUAGUCAUUAGCAAAAUAAGGAAAGGAGCUACAAAAGUUUGCUUGUUUUGUCAUUUCAACUCAAAAAGACCAUGUAAAGCACUUUACAAAUAGAACAAAUAGAGGAGUUAAAUAAAGAAAAAUUAAUUUUGUGAGGAACAAAGACAAGCUGUACCUUAGAAGCUUGGCGAACAAGGUUUUGAGUACCUGUAUAGUAGCACUUCAUCUUAUUAGAUGCAAUGGGGAUCUGACUUUCUGAUAAAUAACCUAGCCUGUUAAGUAACAACGGCCCUAAUUAUUAUAGCAUGUACUGGAAUAUUUUCUAGAUAUCUUACAGCUAACAGCAAUGCCAUAUAGCUCCUAAACUAAACUAUCCUGUACUUUACAAUUAACGUUCAGAUUUAUCUAAAAAUGUCACAUCUAAAAUUUCAGCAUAGCAAGGCAUAAUCAUAAUAAUGUAGAUUACAAGUACAGAAGUUAAGGUCAAUGUGUUACUGCUCUUGACAUGUAACAAGAUCUCAUACCGCAUAGACUUUACUCGAAGUUUCAGGAUUUUUCUUAUCUGAGGUUAUCUUGUGAAAAACAUUAAGUAUGAAUUUUAAGAAUCCACAAAUAUGAGAAAUAAGGGCUUUUUGGUUUAUUGAAGUAAUAAAAUUCAACUGCUUUUCCACUCAAGCAAAAAAUAAUUUUCUUCUAAGAAUAAGAAUGAAUAUUUUUGAUAUACUGAUAUUUCACAGGAGUGGGAGAGAGACUUGUAAAGUACAGUUCUGAAGAUACUGAAGAGGAGUUUAUUCCCCUUAAGGUUUUAGAGCUUUUGAUUUUUUUGGCUGAAUUUGGUAACUCUCAAAGAUAUUAAUUGCCUCGGAGUCCUUUUUUUUUUUUUUCUAACCUGCUCUAUUUUUUCUCUGCUCAUGAUUUAAAGGUUGACUUAAAAACUUCAUGGUUUUGGUUGCUUAUACAACAUGGAGAGGUUAGUAUGGCGAGUGUGCCUACUCGCAAGUAGAAAUAAAGUAAGCAUAUUGUCAACCAUUAAUAUACUAAUGACUGGGAGUAUUAUGUACCUAUAACUAGUUUGAAUUGUAUGGCAGGUUGCAUGAGAAGUAUUCAUACAUCCUUUAGGUACAGUUCAUGGAAGGUGGAAGAACUGAGUAGAUGAAUUAUGAUAAACUGCAUUGUGUGAAGAAUUAGUUUUGUAGACUCCCUAGAAAGGACAGCAAAUAAACAGGUAUCCUAUGAGUCUUGAGACCAUUGAGGUAAAACAGCCCUGUAAAUCAGAAAGUUAGAAAGAAAAUCUGUUUUUGACCCAAUUUGGUGUUAGAAUGUAGAAUGUAAAAACAAUGAAAAAUAACUGAAGAUGACCUAAGUCUUCUAAAAGGCCCGAGAACAUAUUCCCCCCCCCCCCCCCCUGAAAUUAGAAAGUCCUCUGGAAUCCCACAGAAAAUUUGACACUCCUGGAUAUACAUGACAGUUCAUAAUGCAAGACACAUUGAACAGGAUGCUGGGAAGGCAAGUGAAGAUAUGUAAUGUAUAGUAACAGUAAAAAUAAAAAAAAAUAAAAUUGCUUGGUCAAAAUCUAUUAAAAGUUGAAAUCUGAUGUGAAUAUAGAGAGCUUACAUCAUUUAUAUGUUGUAUGACCAAAAAUGCUCCCACUGUGAUUCAAGUGGAAUACUGCAACACCAAAAUAAAUCAUAUGUUGUCAAAACUGACAUGCCAUGCAAGUUCAGAGCAAGUAAAUUAAAUAAACGUCUCGGCAGACUCUGAAGGCAUAUUUCCAAUCCCUAGAAGUUGACACCUGGUGAUGUAUGCUGUGUAUGAAUACUUUCGGGUACAGACAAUGCAGUUUUGGCUGUUAAAGUUCAUAAAACCAUUAACUGCACCACAAUUAAUUCCAUAUUUUAAAUGUUAGAAAUUGGCACCUCCCAAUUUAAUGUGACUUAAGGCUUUUAUUAGUCAGUGGUGGCCAAUUAGACAUGUAGUAUACAGAUUUCCCUUGUUAUUAGAAACUAAAGCAUUUGUACAAAAUCUUUUUGAAGUCAAAAUGGCAUAAAGCAAAGUAGCAAUUAUCAUUAAUAUAUAUUUUACCAUUUUUAGCAAAAAAUAGCACCAAAUAUAACCAGAUAACACAAGACUCAAAACAAUUUCCACCUCAAGCCUAAUGUUAGCAAUGUAUCUCAUACAAGUGCUUCAUGCUCCGUUCACAAUGACUUCACUUUUGGGUCAUUUUCCAUCAUGUUUGGUUUCAAUUUCUAUCUUUUCUUCUUGCAGAUACAUUAGCCCUUCAUCUGUCAUUUUUAGGUAAAUUUCCACAAACAUAGUCUCAUUGGUCAGUGACAAUGUCACGUAUUUACUGUUGUUAGUUUGAAUCUUUUGAAAUUAUCCACUGCUUUAGGGCACACUUACCUCCAAACACCAUUUCUCAAUUAGACAGUUAGCCAAUUGAGAGCACCUCCAAGGUUUCUGAUUGGUAAGUUUUUAUUGUAAUCUAACCAGGUCUCUUGCAGCCAUGCUUGGAAGUUCCCCUCUUUGUCAAUAACUGUUCCAAUAAAAUGCAUUCCAUUUUUUCUAUGUAAGUGUUAUUGUGGCAAUUUGGUGCAGCAAAAUUACAAUUGACAAUUAUUAUCUUUUGAAAUACAAGAGUAUAAUUCUGGGCAAUUUUUUUCAGUACAAGAUGUAAAUUAUGGUUAAAAACUUUCUUAUGACAAUAACCAUCAUUUGUUAAGAUUUUCUUCUGUUUUACUGUGAAAAUUUUGGUAGACUUAAUAUGAGCUGAAGUAGCAUUAAGAAGUUGCUUUCAUUUCAAAGAUCAUUUGGACAACCUAUGGUUACCUUCCAUUUCCACUUUGAUCACUUUUAUCCUAAGUUUUCCAUUUCUGUUUAUUAGAAUAGCUAACUGCUACUAGCAUAUCCAGUAGUAAGUUUAGCAGCUUUCAAAAAGACUUUCUAGCUCUUCAGAGAUUGUACAAAUGUAUGAGGCAGGCAAGUUCAGUGUUAUUACAAUAUCUUAUUUCAUUCACCAUUAUUGAAAUGCUGUACUAUGUCCAGUUUUGUAUUGAGCAAAACCCUUAUGUAUUUUCUUAGACAUUUUUGAUACCUCAGGAUUCAUUUUAAGACUUGAAUUGAGAUAAAGCAUGAAGCUCACAGACCCGCUGCAAACCCUUGAUAGCUGAAUGCAGUGUAUUCCUUGGGAAUGUUUUGUGGCUACUAGUUGCCCCUACAGCAGUUCACUCUUGAAUAAGGUUUUCAUUUUAUUGAAAUAGCCUAAAUCCAUCUUAUUUUCUUACUUAUAUAAAAUGGGUUUUUAAUUAUUUUAUCAGGACACAAACCAUACACUGAUGCAGAAUACAAAAUAUUUGUAUGUAGGUGGAAAUAACUCUUUGGAAAGAGCAAGAUCAGUAUCAAAAUUGCUAGAAAAUAUGCAGUGGUAUAAUAGAGGAUAAUUUGUUGACUUGACAGGAGGGAUGCCAAAAUAGUCAUUUGCAAAUACUGUAUAUUAUCAGAUAAAAAUUUUGAAGAAUGAAAAAGGACUCAGGGCUACAGUUCACUUUUGUUACACAGAUGAGUUUUACUGAAUUGUAUUGUUUUACACUGGCAGCUUUACUAGUUGGUAAUGAUGGUAAUUAAAACUGAUACUGAAGGAAAACUGUGAACUAAUAUAUUUUUUGAAUUGUGUAACUAACUGUUAUGUAUUGUAGACUAGCAUUUCUUAUGUAAGGUCUGCAUCAAAUUAAAAGUUGGUAAAUGAUUUUCAUGCUUUUUCAACUGUUUUUCUGCAGAACUUUCACAAUUAUGAGGGAAGAUAAGGAUGUUACUUUCAUCUCCCUGGAUGUUAUGUGGUUGUUUGUGUAUGAGGUGUACAUUUUGCAGUAAAAUACUAAACAUAUCCAUUUCUCAUGAUUGGAGUUUAGAUGGCAAUAAUUUUGUUAUAUGUGUACAAGCACAAGUUUUGUUGUAUAUGUAUAGUACAGUGGUCCCCCGUAUUCGCAUGGGGUAUGGGAUGCGUACCAGACGCACACACACACACACACACUCCGGUGAAUAGUUAGAAUCGGCGAAUAGUUGGACCCCCUAUAAAAACGCUGAAAACAGCCCAUUUUGUUAUUUACUGUGUUGAAUGGCCUUAGUUGCCCCAGAGCUUGGCAUAAUGCCAAAAAUCUAUGUAAAUCAAAUCAUCAGGUAGCUGAUAAAUAAGGAAAUAUGAUAAGUUGAGGUGUUAUUGUGUUCCAUAUUGCGCUUUCUCAGUAUAAUUGCUGUGAACAUGUCUUGUUGAUAACUGCAGAGUACUAUAGUGCACUAUGUAUUGUCUUUUAAUUUUAGAUUUCUUGAAUGGGAGUAAGAUGAAAAAAAAAUUUGACGAGAGUUGCGGCCAUGUGAAAUACAUACUGUUUUUUGCCAACAUAAUGAAUACUUAAAAUAAAACAGAUUGGAAAUUUAUGUUAUGCCUUAAAAGAUGAAGGCCAAGUGUAGAAGUUUAAUACUGCUCUGAGCAACUGGUUUUGGUGACUGUUAACAAAUCUUGCCCUCAGACAUGAACAGACUACCGUGAUCUCUUAUAACAAAGUAAGACUUGACAGAUAUAAAUGCCAUUACUAUAAUAAAACACUUUACAAUUUUGCAAUUUGAAACAUUCUUCUUCAUUAUAUGAGUAAUCUGUAAAACAGCUCAUACAGAAAUAUAACUUAAUAUGUACAGUCCGAGGAAGGGAAUGUUUUAUAAGUUUUUUAAAUUAGCUACUGUACUGUACUAGUAUACAGUUGCAGUUGUCACUAACUAUUAUCUAAAGUAACAAUAAAUUUCAGUGUACUUUGUUAUACAUUAGCCAUAUGUUUCUACUGAGCAUUGUUUCAUUACCUAUUGCCCAUUUUUAAAUUUUUUUACAUUCUCCAUUCUCACUUCCCUCCCCCUGACAGACACAUUCUCCAAAAACAUAGAAUAUUUAUUGUGUGUCCAUUUAAGUGUACAUCCUAUGUGUCUUUAUAUAUUUCAAUUAUAGCAUCAGUAAUAUACAAAGAGAAAUUAUAGGUUAACAGAUAUUCACUUUGAAACAGUUGCAAAUUCAAAUAGUAUAGCAUAUUUUGUACAAUGUAGCAAUUGCAUAUUUUUAUAGCAUACAAUUUAAAUAACAAUAUACUACUGCAUUUCUGUCAAAUGUCUAAUAGACUUGAAAUUACACUAUCAGUAAUAGACUUGGAUGAAAGAGAGAGAGAGAGAGGAAGAAAGUAAGACACUUUUAGUUAAACAAUUACACAUUCAUAUGAUUGUGCAAGUUCAUUUGUAAGAGAGAGGUUGGAGAAAGCUUUUUUCAAUCUAGUCUCUCAUAAAUUUGUAUCAGUAAGUAUCUUGUAAUCGCAGUAGUUCAAGUACCUAAUAAGUUUUCAUAUGUUUUACCACAUUACAAGUCAUGCUAUAAAAUACGUAUCUUCAGUCAGUUUGAAAUUGUAGUAUCAGAUAUGAAUACUAGCAUGCACAUUUUGGGAGGUUGAGAGCUAAUGAUGCAUAUGAGCACUAACAUCACAAGAAUUAAGCUAGAAACACAGAGAGUAAAAAAUAAAUGAAAUGGUAAGUUAGGUUUAUGCUAGUAGCUGCAUUAGGUAAAAACCCUUAUGUAUGGUAAUUCAUAAAAAUUGUAUAGUAUAUUGCACAUGCUGUAUGAUAAAUACUAUCAUGUAAAUAAGUUUUGGUAUCUGAGUAGCCAAUAGGAACUUGAUUAACACAGGUUGUUAGUGUUUAUACAGUAUUAAUGGAUACAGCUUUAUGCGCACACAUUUCCAUUUGUAUGGCAAGUCUUUACAAGAGUCAAACUUUUGGUAAAUAAAGCCAUUAUAUUGGGUUUUUGAACACAUUCAGUCCCUUGAAUAAUUGGUCCAAUUUUUUUAUCAUAAUUUGUUUCACAAUUUUCCAAGGUAGUCAUUUUGGUUUGGCAUUGUGUUAUGUGCUAAUGCUCUGUAAUAUAGUUAUAAUAUUAUUACAGGUUUAGGAAGUUCAGUAGAUUUAUGUUUGUGCCCCCUCUCUAUUGUCUUGAUCUUACCCUUUGUGAAAAGGCAUAAUGAGCUUAGUCAGGUCAUUUUUGUAAAUCAAAACAAUAGGUUUUGUUAGCAAAAUACUUUGUAGUCUAAUUUUCAGCUACUUAUCUUGUUAUUUGAUGAGCAUCUGCUACUUAUCUUGAAGAGUGAGUGUUAUUACCUGUUUUUGUUUUUUAUUUGAGUUACCUUUUGUAUAUAUUGUGUGGAAGUUAGCAUCAAUGUGUAUUUUAUUAUUAUUUAUAGUAAUACAUUAUAGUAUUUAGUACUUUCAAACUGAUAAGUUUGUGUCGGCAGCAGCAGUAUUAGAUAUUGCUAUUUUCAUCAAACUCUUAUGUUGCAAGAUUGUCAGUAAUGAAAUUUUCCACAAAGUUACUAUAUGAUAGUAGUAUUGAGAAUCGUGGCUGGUAACUUUGAAAUAAGUUAAGUUGGUCUAAAAGAUUAGGGACCAUCCACUGUAAAAUCACUGUUUUUUGCUAUUUUACCACUUCACUUGUGUAUCCAGUGUUCUUUGUACCUAACUAUGUGCUUUAUAUCUGUGCUGCCAGUGUAAUGUGAAUGAGUGUGAAUAUCAUAUCUCAGAUCAGUGACCAAUAAUUUUAUAAAUAUUUUAAAUUAGUUGUCAGUCUUAUUCCAGUAAAAUAGAAAUUGAUAAAUGUUACUCAGAUCUUAGCGACUACCUGAAUAUAACUUCUUAUUUUCAGUAUUUUUAUGUACAAGUUUUGUUUAUUCAAAUAAUUUUGAGGUUUAUAUAGAACAUUUAUCUAGGCAUAAAAUUCAAACUUGUUCAAUGGAUUUUGAGAGGCAAUACUUGUUUCUUAGGUCAUGAACUUGUUUAAUGCUGUAGUGUCUAUUUACUUAAUUGAAAACUGAAUAUAUCUACUUUAGUUUGUUUCUUUUUCAGUACUUUUAAUUGUUUGCUUAAACAAUUCCUGUGUUUUCUUAGAUAAACAUACAAUACUCUCUGAGAAAAAUCAUAAAAGUAAUGUCCAUGCCAUCUAAAGAUAUUUUUAAAAUGAUAAAUUAGUGUUCACUUCUUACUGAAAUCUUAAGAAUAUAUGCUGGCUGUUUAUAAAGAAAGACAGUACAGAAUUAAGGUGAUGGUCUUGAUAUUUAUGAAAAUGAUAAAUGAGAGUACCAUACUUGACAAGGUACAGCAUUUUUUGCUUUUGAGCACAUUUCAUGGAGAAUGAUUAAUGAAUUUAUUUGCAUAAAUACGAGGUCAUAGCCUUUCAUAUGCAUAUGAGAGCUGAAAAUCAGCUCAGUGGUCUGGUUAAACUAUUCUUAUAAUAAUAAUAAUACGAGGUCAUAGCCUUUCAUAUGCAUUUGGUCAUUUAUUGUAAGAUUUAGUAUAUAAUGCGUUGACAUGAAGAGAUUUUGUAUUUAUAAAUAAUCAUAAAGUUGAGGCAACAGUAAGUUGCUGUCACCCAUAUUAGUGCCUCUAAAUGAAAUGCUGUGUAGUCAGAUGUAAUGCUUCCCUUUAAUAAGAAACUGGUGCUUUUGAAAGAAUAUUGAUAUGCACAUUAAUAAUAUAAUUGCUGUAUAUAGAUUAUAUUUAUGAGAGGUGUAAUUUCCAUAAGGAAGAUAUAUAUUGUAUAUCACUUUGAACAUUAUCACUAAUGAAUAGAAAUUUUAGUAGUCUUCCACAUUAUGACACUUCUUAAUUAAUAGUCUUUUGUUUUUGUGUGCUUGAAUUGUUUUUGUUAUGAUGUUCAAAGCUGUACGAUGUGUCAGUUCAUAGUUUUAGAACUGAUUGUGUGGCUUGAAUAGCUCCUAGGUCAUUUAAGAAGCCAGUCGUGUAUUUGUUGAUAUUUUAGUAGUUUGGCUUCCAGGUUUUCCUUUCGGUUCUUUUGAUUUUUGUUUUUAAUUUUAAUAGUACAUUAUUCUAGCCAAAGAGUUUUUGUUAUUAGUAAAUCUACUCCUAACAAUGCAAAUAGUUUUGUAGAAAGAUGAAGAGGUUUUCUUAGUAAAUGUAAGUUUACUUUUGUACAAGUUGUAUUUUAAUCAGUGUACAUGUGUAAAGAUGCAUUACCAUACAAUAGAAGCAAUAGAAGAACAGUAUAAAGUUGUAA